GGACAGAUACCGAGAAUUACACCCGGCAUCCAGGACAGAGAAGUGGGACUGUGCAGAGUCCAUACAGGACAGGAGAAGUGGACUGUGCAGAGUCCAUACAUACAGAAUAAGGACAGAUACCGAGAAUUACACCAGGCAUACAGGACAGGUGAAGUGGGACUGUGCAGAGUCCAUACAUACAGAAUAAUUACAGAUACCGAGAAUUACACCCGGCAUACAGGACAGGUGAAGUGGGACUGUGCAGAGUCCAUACAUACAGAAUAAUUACAGAUACCGAGAAUUACACCCGGCAUACAGGACAGGUGAAGUGGGACUGUGCAGAGUCCAUACAUACAGAAAAAGGACAGAUACCGAGAAUUACACCCGGCAU